CCUAGAGGUCCGGUAUCAGUAAGCAAUCAGAAGCAUGAACCCGAGCCCACUAAUCCAGACUCUUGGCUUUGUCAUAUCAUGAAGAGCAGGGGAGGCCUAAUCUCCAGCCUAUCUUAUCGAGGAGAUCAGAAUCAUAUCCGGAGUAACCUUCCCUGGGAUAGCACAGGCGUGACCAUUGUUACUGUAGCUUUGGUCCCUUAUCUGUGGAUGAAGCCAAGCAGUAGGCAUAGUGCUGCGACUUAUACUAGCAGGGAUUUUAUUUGUAAAGCAGCGCUUGAAUUGAAGGAAGGUAAGAAGUCAAGUUUAGUUCCAGAAUUGCGUAGAUUACUCUCCACAGCUUGAUAAGCUGAUUAUACCAGUUUAUUUGACCUAAGGCUCCAUUCCGUCAAUCCACGUCCACAGUCCUAGCGACUAGUAUUUAGCACUGGACGGUUUAAACUGCAUGCUAGCUCCAUCGUGGAUAUCCUUGUUAGAGUACCUGCACAAUAUUAUUCGCCAUCGUGCCAAAACGCACUCCCAUUUCCGAACGAGGAUAUAGCAUACUCCCUCGCGAAGGACGGAGGGUUAUCAUCCACCAUCAGCUAGGUUACUACCACGAGCAACCACGUUUCUACACUUAUUUUAAUGCCAAGCAUGCCCAGAAGAAAGUUAUUUUUGUUCGUCAUCUGGGACUAUGACCUACCAACGUGUAUCAUUUGGUAUAUAUGGAUGACUGUUUUGUGGAAGCUUCAAUGUCUCCAUCGCAAUAAUCAUUUAUGAGUGGGAGGCAGGCAGCAGUCAGGACAUUGCGGUGCACUGGUGCUUUGCCCAGUGAGGGAGGGUCAAAAAGUAUGCGAGCAUAAGCAUAUAUCUAAC